AGCUUCAGUUUUUCAUAGAAGCAUGAGUACUAGAGCUGGUGCUUUUCCAGGGGUGACCGCAUCUAGCUUAAGGUCUCGAUUUAAAGCAAAAAACUUUGAGGGUUCGUCGUCUAAUCAGGAUAAGGCUGAUGGUGGUGCCGAGGUUAAUCAGCCCCCACCGAGGAAGAAGGCAAUUGUUUUUAAGAAAAGGAAGACAGAUUCAACUUUGUCGGGAGAUGUGCAAGGUAAGGAUGAAAAUGUUCGGCUGGAUGAUUUAUCAAGUUUUUGGACGAAGCAACAGAGGUUACACGUAUUUGAAGAGGAAGGCGAGAGCUCGUCUGUGUGGAGCCAAAAGUUUCCAUUCAAUAUUGUUGCUGAUGAAGUCGUUCAGACUGUGACGGACGUUAGGAGAGUAGAGGAGGUGUUGGGGUUUCGGCUAGCUUGCAUUGGUCGUAGCCAAGAGAAAAAACAUAGGAAGUCGGCUGGCGAAGUUUCGCAAGUUUCUGAAUUGAAGGAACAACUUUUGUUGAAAGAAACGAGCAUAGUUGAUUUAAAGAAAAAGCUGUCCGAGGUUGAAAAUGAACUAAAAGUCCAAAAAGAGUGUUAUGAGGAGAUUGCUGGUCUGCUAAAGAAAAAGGAAAAUGAUUUGUCGAGUUUGAGUACUCAGGUGAUUGAGGUGUCGGCGAAGAUGAAAGAUCUUGAGAAUCGUAGGGAAGGAGAUGUGCUGGAUGCUUUUGCUGAGGGUUUUCAACGGGCUGUAAAUCAGGCGAGGUUUUUGUGUCCCGAAGAAGACUUUUCGGCUAUGGAUCCCGGUAAAGUGAUUCGGGAUGAUAAGCUUGUUGAUGAUGAAGAGGAAGAAGGUGGUGACAAUAACUGA